CUUUAAUGUGGGGGACAGAAUGCCGUCUUCCUCACGUUCCUCCAUUGACGCUUUGUUGAAGCCGAUGGCGCACUCCUACUGCUCCAUGGCCACAUAGCAGAACGGUUUCGUGCGCCUUGCUUCGCAUCUCCUCCACAAUCCCUUCAUCUCCAAAAGCCAGGAAGAGAGAUUGCCGUGAUGCCUAUGUGAUAGACGUGGCGGGUCUACUCUGUUUGUUACAGUGAAGAGGCCGUCAUUUGCAGUCACGGGACAAUUGAUACCGAGAUUGAUGAUAGGACUGCAGGGCCUCAUCAAGAAUUACGUAAUGACCAAAUCGCUUGGACAUCUGCAGUGCAAUUUGAGUUUGUACUUUGUAGACCACACAUAGGGGUACCGGCCCGUUCUCCACUAGUACGCGCCCGUGUAGCCGAGGAUCAUACUUACACGUGAGUUUGAUCCUAGCUUAUAAAGCCAACAUUUUCAAGAGCACCUUGCACUUAAAAUGGGGGAUGGAAUUGUCCUGGAGCGCAUACUCUCCGGAUCUGAGAAACCAACCAAUCUGGCAUUAGCACUUUUACAGGAGAUUACAGAAAAUUUCUCUGAAAUGAGAAAAAUUGGCGAGGGCGGAUUUGGGGUGGUUUACAAGGGUGUGCUCCACAGUAGGAUUGUUGCCGUGAAGAGGAUAAUUAUGAGUGAACACACAAUCAACGACAGGUUAUUUGAUCGUGAGGUUAAAAGCUUGAUGAAGAUUAUUAGCCAUCGAAAUGUAGUCCGCUUUCUUGGCUUUUGUUCAAAUACACAUCGUGAAGCGAUAAAAGAGGCAGGAUCAACAGAAUUGGUUAUGGCCCAGAUAAGAGAAAGAUUACUUUGUUUUGAGUAUAUCAGCAAUGGAAGCCUUGAUAAACAUAUUACAGAUGAAUUAAGAGGACUUAAAUGGAGUAUACGGUAUGAAAUAAUUAAAGGAAUUUGUCAUGGUUUGCAUUACCUUCACGAGGAAAAUAAUAUUAUCCAUAUGGACCUCAAACCUAGCAAUAUAAUGAUAAAUGAUGAUAUGGUGCCAAAGAUAACAGAUUUUGGUCUAUCAAGACUUGAUAAACACACACACACCAGUGGUGCCCGUUUUAUAACACAGGGAUACUGUGCUCCAGAAUACGUGAAUGGUGGCAAGACGUCAAAAAAGGCUGACAUGUAUAGUUUGGGUGUUAUAAUCACGGAACUGGUAACGGGAUGUAGGGGUGAUCCAAAUAAUGUUAAUGUGCUUCGAAGGUGGAUACACAGGUGGGAUAAAUCACCGAAAGAUACGGUGCUGUCCCAAUACCAGCAAGUAACUAAAUGUUUGAAAAUUGCGGCACACUGCAGGAAAAAAGAACCAUCAAAUAGACCUUUUAUAUUGGAUAUAAUUUGUAUUCUCAAUGAAACUGAAGAAAACAUGAAUGAGCACAUUGACCAGAUACACCUUUACUCGGAUGACAUGCUUGGAAUUAUGCCGCUCGAACUACGGUUUCCUUUUGAGCUUCAUAAGUCAAUAUCAUCCAUAGUUGAGCUAAUCAACAAGACAAAAGGUUACUACGCCUUCAACAUCGAUACGCCAAGCCGACAAUACUGCACACAACCAAACAAAGGCAUUGUGUCACCACAAUCCAAGUUUGCUAUCCAAAUAACAAUGCAAGCACGGGAGAAUACACCACACGGUAUGCCAUACACCGACGUGUUUCUUGUGCAGAGCACAAAAGUCAACAGGGAGGUCAAAGCCGAGGAUAUCACUGAACACAUGUUCAUUAUAGAGCCGGAUGGACUAGAUGAGGUGAAUUUGACGGUUGUGGUAUAUGAUCCCGAGGAACCUAGGGGAGAUAUGAAGAUUCGAGAUGACACCAAGAAGAAAAAGAAUAAGAUUGUUGAGUAUGCUUUUAGCGAGAUCAAACCCAACAUCAAUGCAACUCAUCAAGAAGAGGCAGUUCCGAUGGGCAACAAUUCUAUUAGCUACAAAGAUACACGACGACAAUUUCCCAAGCAACUAGAGUGCCUUAGCUUCCACACAACUCCAAGUAUUUUGGGCAACCAACACAGCAAUAUGAGCAACAGAAUUGUGGAUCUUGCAACCGGGGCCAUGGGCAGCCUGCGCCACAAGCUUGGCGAUCUCCUCAACAAAGAGUACAAUCUAGAGAUAAGCGUGAAGAUAGACAUAGAGUCUUUAUCAGAAGAGCUGAGGGAGAUGCAGCUAGCCUUGUGCAAGGUGUCGGAGGUACAUCGGGACUACCUCGAUGACAAGGUCAAGCGCUGGGCUGACAGUGUCAGGGAGAUGUCAUAUGACAUUGAGGAUGUUGUUGAUGGAUUCCUGGUACACAUUGGGCAUGCCUCUGACAUGGGCCUCUUCAUGGGGCUCAUGCAUAGGAUGUUCAACCUCUUCACGUGGGGCAAGACUCACAAUCCGAUUGAAGACGCUAUCAAAGACAUCAAGAAACAAGUUCAGGUUGUGGCUGAUAGACGUGAAAGAUGCAAGGUUGAUGAAGUCAUGGCUAAUGUAGCUGACACUAUUACCUUUGAUCCUCGCAUUUUGGCUAUAUACAAAGAUCCAAAGGAGCUCGUUGGCAUCAAAGAGCCAAGAAACAAGCUAAUCAGGUGGCUCUCUAAUAAGGAUGGGGAUGGGAAUGUCUCAAAACCGCAACUCAAGAUAGUUUCGAUCGUCGGAUUUGGAGGAUUGGGCAAGACAACACUUGCCAAGGCAGUGUAUGACGAGCUUCAAUCCCAAUUCCAACAUAGAGCUUUUGUUUCAGUGGGUCGGAAUCCUAAUGUGAAGAAACUUUUUGAGCAUAUUCUAGAUAAAUUUGGCUAUGGUUCCAAGGAAGCAAAGUUAAACGAAAUGCAGCUCAUCGACAAAAUGCGAAGAUUGCUUCAGAACGACAGGUACUUCAUAGUAAUCGAUGAUAUAUGGGAUUCCCCGACGUGGAAUGUUAUUAAAUGUGCUUUUACAAAAGACGAUUGUGGCAGUAUUGUGGUAACAACUACCAGGAUUCACAAUGUUGCACAUGACUGUUGCAGACAUAGCAAAGGAUAUGUUCAUGAGAUGGAACCACUAAGUCCCCAAGACUCAAGAAAACUACUUGUUAGUAGAAUAUUUGGUUCCAAAGAAGCUCAUCCUUAUGUACCAGAUGAUAUUUCAAGUGAUAUUCUGAAAAAAUGUGGUGGCUUGCCACUUGCUAUUAUCAGUAUAGCAAGCCUUCUGGUUCAUAACCCAAGGUCAAGAUGGGAUUCUGUAAGGAAUUCUUUGGUGUCCGUGUUUGAUGGAAAUCAUGAUGAUCUUAAAAAUAUGGAGCAAGUAUUGGAUCUUAGCUACACGCAUCUAUCUUACCAUCUUAAGACAUGCCUGCUUGAUAUUGGUAAGUAUCUAGAGGAUAGCGAGAUAAAAAAAGAGGAUUUGUUGAGGCAGUGGACAGCUCAAGGCUUUGUGAGUAAAACUCGUCUGCGUGAUGCAGAGGAUGUCGCAGAAGACUACUUCUAUAAGCUCAUCAACAUGAGCAUGAUCCAACCCGUGGAGAUAGACUACAAUGAUGAGGUGUUGUCUUGCAGAGUACAUGAUAUAAUGCUUGAUCUCAUUAGAUCCAAGGCUGCUGAAGAGAAUUUUAAUCUUGUUAUUGAUGGGCCAGAAGUUGUGACAGGAGAACAAAGAAGGGUCCGUCGAGUCUCCAUUCAGUACAAUGGUGAAGACGAUGGCGGAAUACUGGCAGCAAUCAAUGGGUCACUAUCACAUGUCCGGUCAGUCUUACUUUUAAGAGGGUCUCUUGUGCAUUCUUUUCUGGUGCUGAAGUUUAUCCGAGUUCUUUACAUUAUAGAUUGGAGAUGUGAGAGACUAGAUCUCACCGAUAUUCGUUGGUUGUUUCUACUAAGAUAUCUGAAGAUUUGUGUCAGGAAAGAUUUGAUCAUACCUAGUAAAAUUGGGGAGUUGCAGCAAUUGGAGACAAUAGAAAUUAAAGGGCGAACAUUUCUUCCAUCAGAUAUUGUUACUUUGCCUCGGUUGUCACAUCUCAGUUAUUCAAAUCAUGUGUUGUUGCCUGACGAAAUCGGAAGGUUGAAAUCUCUUCACACCUUGCGAGGUGUUGAUUUCAUUCAAAGCUCGGUAGAAAAUAUCAAGGGCCUUGGUGAGCUGACAAACUUAAGGGAACUUGAGAUGGCUUGGAAAUUUGUUAAGGGAGCGGUCAACAUGCGUGUUGAUGCCUUGUGCUCUUCCAUUGGAAAGCUUUCUUGCAGUCUCAGGAGCCUUAGUAUUGGGUCCAAAUGCCUUCAAGACCUAUGGGUCGAUGGCUGGAGCAGCACACUAACCCCACCUCGUCGUCUUCAUAAGCUUGAUCUGUAUAGAUGUGAAUUCCAAAAAAUCCCCCAAUGGAUUGCUCAGCUCCACGAGCUUGACAGUUUAACUCUUUCCGUCAGGGAGGCUGCUGAUGGUGUCAGUAUUGUUGCAGGGUUGCCUUCCCUUGCCUACCUAAGACUAUAUAUACGUUCGGUUGACAAAAGGGAAGAAAGGGUAAUCAUCUCCGGCAGGGAAUUCAGAGCACUCAAGCACAUGAAUUUGGAAUGUCCAUAUCUGUCGCUGGUCUUCCAAGUGGGGGCUCUGCCCAAGCUAGAGACGCUUUUGAUGCGAUGCCGUUACCACAUUUCUGCCGAAUUCGUACCGGUUGGCAUUGAGAACUUGCCAUCUGGCACUCUUCGUGAGAUUCGUUUAGUGGUGGCUGAUUGUUUUGGAGGUCAUGGUGACGACGAUAACGGCGACUACAAUGACAAAGCAGCUGUGAGGUCGCAGUUGAUGAGAUCAUUUUGGCCACAUCAUCCUUCUGCUAACAUCACCAUUGAAUUUCUUUCGGAGUUUAGGUUGUGAUUUUGUCAAAUAGUGAAUCUCACAUCCUUCAAGUCCUUGGCCAAAACUCUUAAGUAGCUACUCGGAGUUCCGGUCUGCAACUGUAAGAAUAUUUUUCUAGAUAUUCGAUAUGGCCGAUGUAAUAUAUUGCUUGAUUAUUGAUCAAAGAUUUAGCAUGAUGGUCACUAAAUAUAAUGGAACAUGAUUUUAAUUCUU